AAUCUGUGGUUUUAUUAUUGUUGUUGAUCAUGGAAUACCGCAUUUUUCGUUUCUUGAUCUGAUUUUAGCUUAAAAUAGUUUAAAGAAAGAUCUGAAUUAUGGCAUCGUCUAGUAAAUUACCUGGCACUGGUUUAGAAGAUGUUGGAGUGCCUGGGCAAACUUUUCUGCGAGAUGCCCUCACAAGUUGCACGGAUCCGCUCAAGGCAAUCGAAGAGUUUCAACUCGAAAACGGUAUCUUACUGCCAUCUUUAAGACCUAUGCUGCCCCUGCUUGACCUCCACGGCGUUCGCCGACUUGACUUUCACACAUCCGUGUUGGAAGAGUUAAGAGAUAAACUGAUAUCGCAAAUAAACGAAAUGGGACCAAAGCCUAAGAAGGAACAAAAUGAAUCGAACUUGAAAGAGAGGAAGGAAAAUGAAAGGAAACUUAAAGAACUGUUAUCAAAGAGCUUUCCUGUUGUCAAAGUGAAGGCCCUCAGGCCUGUAAUAAUGGGCAUACUAAAGAACACGCCACACAUAGAUGAUAAAUAUCUGAAGGUAUUAGUCCGAGAUAGAGAUUUGUACAAUGACACGCAAACAGAAGUGAAGAGGCAAAUUUGGCAGGACAACCAGUCAUUGUUUGGUGAUGAAGUGUCCCCAUUGUUGAGUCAAUACAUAAGAGAAAAAGAGAAUGUACUAUUUGAUCAUGAAAACUUAACAAACCUCUUUUUCUCUAAAUCGCCAAAAGUGAGGCGACAAGGAGGUGUAGUACAGAAGUUAGCUCACAUGAUCGGCACGAGCAUUAAACUAUAUGAUAUGGUUCUUCAAUUUCUACGCACAUUGUUCCUUAGAACGAGCAAUGUGCAUUAUUGUACUUUGAGAGCUGAGCUUUUAAUGGCUCUUCAUGAUUCAGAGGUACAGGAGAUUAUAUCUGUUGAUCCUUGUCACAAAUUCACAUGGUGUUUAGAUGCAUGCAUUAGAGAGAGAAAUGUUGACAUAAAAAGAUCAAGAGAACUUCAAGGAUUCUUGGAUAACAUAAAAAAGGGUACAGAACAAGUUAUCGGUGACCUCUCUAUGACAUUGUGUGAUCCCUACGCUGUCAACUUUCUCUCAGUAUCUGCUAUUAAAAUAUUGCAGCAUUUAAUAAACACUGAAGGGCUUCCUCGAGAUAAUCCAAUUCUGAUUUUAUUAUUGAGAAUGUUAGCAUUGGGAUUGAGUGCAUGGCAAAUCAUUGAUACUCAACAAUUUAAGGAGCCAAAGCUUGACAGUCAGGUUGUGACCAAGUAUUUGCCAGCAUUGAUGUCAUUGAUGGUUGAUGACCAAGUGAGAGCUCUGCAUAACAAACUGCCUCCUGAUGAGAGAGAAUCUGCCAUCACUAUUAUAGAACAUUCUGGUCCACCUCCUGAUGCCUGUGAAGCAUACAUGAGGGAAAGCUCAGUAUGUGGUGUUCUGGCUAUGUAUUACACUCUCCACUCUGCUAAACUCAGAGAUAGGGGAGCUAUAUUAAGAAUUUUGAGUAUUCUAGGUAGCUGUAAAGAUGGCAGAGCUUACGAGGAUUCCUUUUUACACACACUUGUCGCUCUAUUGAUACAACUGCCGGAUGAAUUCCAAGGGGAAGACUUUAGUACGGUCUUAUUUGAUGAGUUCUUUUUCGCUGGCCUCGCAAAAGACAAUGUAACGAGACAUCUAUUAAAACUUUUAUGGUACAUACACCCAAAGUUGCCUGAAACUAGAAUACAGACUUUGAUGAAGGCAUUGCAACCUGGGACACAGCAUACUGAGUCGGUGCACAAGUUAUAUGAGUCUCUGCAGCAGCAACUGCAAUCUCAAGUGGAACCAGUACCCAGCACCAGUGAAAUGGAAUAUUUGGACACUCCGUUGAUGAGUGUCCCCACACCUGCACCCUAUCAUAUUAUGUAGUUGUUAAGUUCUAAACAGAAUUGUUUUUAAGGUUGACUAUUAAAGAUUAUAAAUAUCA